CCCCGGAGCACAAAAAACAUCAUCAUGGAACCACCUUCCGCCUCCAGCAACCUAUUAUACAGCGCCUUAGUCGUUUUGUUUUUUGUAGUGGUCAUCGUGUUUGCUCUCCAUCUCUACGCCCGCUGGUUCACCCUCCGCGCGCGCCGCCGUCAGUUGCUAGCCCGCGUUCGUGGCGUUGGUCGGACACGCGUCGUUUUCAAUGUAGAUUCGGAUUAUAACCCAGCCACCACCGUUUCGCGUGGUCUCGAGGCUCGUGUCCUCAGGUCUCUCCCCCUUUUCACGUACUCCGCCGAAACCCACCCCGAUUCUGUCAUGGAGUGCGUCGUUUGCUUGUCGGAGUUUGAAGAAAACGAAUCGGGUCGGAUUCUGCCCAAGUGUAAACACAGUUUCCACACAGAGUGUAGUGACAUGUGGUUCUACUCUCACUCCACUUGUCCUCUCUGCCGGACCCCGGUUGAGGAAUACAAGCCAACGCCGACGAACCCAGGUGAUGUAGCUUUGACCAUACACGAACCAAGAGGACUAUAGUCGGGAUCGGUCUCGGGUUCAGGGUUCAGGGUUGUGUGCGACGUGUGAACAGAUAGGUACGUCGUCGUUUGGGGGACGGAUGAAGCUGUCAUUGGAAGUUCCGAGAAGGAAAGGCGAAUGGUUUGAA